UAAAGAAAGCGCUCUCGAUUCGGUCGCGAGAAUCUGCCAGCUCGUCAGACACGUUCAUGAAGAGGCGUGUAACUGGAGGGCGCUAUGACCGAAAUUUUUGAAGUCCCCAGGGCUUUAGCCUACUACAAUGAGCGCAGAAAGAGACUGUAGUACACCUGUUUUCAUGAACGAUCGAGCUAUACUUCUCCGGCGGAGCAAUCGUACGGCAGCUCUACAACAUGGCAACGGAAUGCAUCAAAAACUGCUGCAAGAGCUUUCUGCGCAAGGAGGAGACUGAGACCCAAGUAAUUAAAAUGAGAGUGGUGCCGGCCAGCACCACCGUCUCAGGGGUCGUCUCAGAAGGUCCGAGGCGAGUGGUUGGUGUUUCGGAGGACUACCUCCUCUCCAAGCUUCCCCCCCAUGGGAAAGAGGUGCCCUUUGUGGUCCCGAUGUUCAAACCCUCCUACAUCCAGCCCAGUGGGUCCCUGUACCCCAGCUACCAGGAGGGGCUGCACGGGUCUGCAAGGUGUACCUACGUGGACCGGAAGGCAGAACUGACAGGUGCCAGUCACAUCGUCUACGAUCCCUGCACCACACUCCAUUCCAGCCUCACGGCGGACCACAUCUCCCCGGGGUCCGCGCAACGACUCUCCCCAAACAGGACCGGCAAUACGUACGGAUUAGUGUGGGAUCUGAAGAAUGGGAAACACAGGUUGAGCAACUCCAUGUUCGAUCUCACACACCCCCAAGGCCACAUGGAGAGGUAUGAAUCGGUGUCCAGUAUCCAGAGCAGCACGUCGUCCAUGAGAGACUCCCCCGAAAGCAGCCGUAGCCUAGAGUCGAUCGCUCUCUCGGGGGAUGAAAAGGAGCCGGGAAUGAUGAACGUCAGGCUGUGCUACCAGGAGGCCCUGGAGCAGAUCUGGAUAACGCUGGUGCAGUGUAAGAAUGUCCACUUCCCCGUGGACAAUGGGGGGCUGCAGAAGAUUGGGGUGAAAGGCGUCAUCAGCCUGUCCAAGCCCGUGCACUUCAAGAGCUCAGUGAAAGAAGCCUCACCGAACACGGAGUUCAUGGAGACCUUCGUCUUUGCCUUGCACCUGCAGCAGCUGCACACGGCCAGCCUGGUGCUCCGGCUGCAGGCACACCUGCCGCGAAAGUGCACCCUGGGCGAGUGCGUCCUCUCUCUCCGGCAGCUGGGACCCCAGGAGACGGAGCACUGGCUGGACAUAACCCCACCAUCCAGAGCCCCGGUCUGCCAUGCGGAGCUUCAUCUUGCCACCUGCUUCCAGCCAGUCAGCGGUCGAAUUCAGAUCCAGGUGCUGGAAGCGCAGAACCUCCCAGCAUCCUCUGCUCCCCUCAGCCAGAGCUUCUUUGUGAAGGUGGAGAUGCACUCGUUCGGGCGGCUGGUGACCAAGCAGAAGACCCGGGCCCUCAGGGCCUCCGGGGGCCAGGCCAGGUGGGCGGAGACCUUUCCGUUUCCCGUGGCGACACAGGAGCGGGGCGUCCACAUCUCCGCCAAGCUCUACAGCCGCGGCUCCAUGCGCAGGAAGCACUUCCUGGGCCAGGUGCACCUGGGGUACGAGAGCUUGUCCCGGGAGGCGGUGGAGCAGUGGCGGGAUACCAUCGCGCUCCCGGAGAAGGCGGUGGCUGUUUGGCACAGACUGAGUACCAGCUAAGGGUGGGCGGGCAGAAGGGGGGGGUGGGGGCACCAGAAGAUUCUACAGCACACUGCCACCCAAAGCCGGUUUCGCACUGCCACUAACAUCAUCUGCAGCCCUGGAGCUCCUGUAGCCUUGGGCUCCUCCGCUGCCCUACAGACGCACACCACGACCUGCUCUCGCUUUGGCUGAUAUCAGGGCUCGGGGGGGUGGGCAGCCAGGCCUGAUUUUUUACAAAACGGCGCCUUAAAGGACGUGUGUUUGGUUUACGCUGGGGCGGACGUUUACCUCAGAGGAGGAUUUAAUUCCUCCAGAGACAGUGAAAUGUGCCCCUUUGUUCUACCCUACGAACGAAGAGGGCAGUACAGCCAUUCUUGUCCUGAUCUUUUAGCUCUGUGCUGUAAGAAGGUAGUAAAUUGUGAGUUGCCAGCUGUUUUUUUUUUUUUUUUUUAAUUUGUUGUAGUGUUGUGGCAAUGUUUGUUGUUGCCAUGGCAAAUAUCGUUGGUUUGUUUGGUUACUCAACAGUGACUUAAUCGGUCAAAUUCCAUCGGUGGCGCUGAGCAGCUCUCCCUGCUUUUUAGUAGCGGCUAGGCUACAUGUUUUGUCACUCGCGGCGGGUGCUCUGACGAGCGGGAUGAGCUAACGGAACGCAUCAUCCUUCCCGCUGUGCUGAUCGCGAUUACCCCGGCCUGCGCUCCCGUCAUGCCUCUCCCACACCCUGGCUGGCAGGGGCCGAUCCCCCCCCCCGUGCUGGACGUGCUUCGAGCUCCCGGAUGACUCGGCACAAAGAGCGACGCUCCUCAAAGAGAAUGCUGAAGUGGAGCAGUCGGUGACGCUGAACACAAUGGGCUUUUAGCACAGACGUUUCCCCCCCACUUUACUGCACGGUUUAUAUAACUUGCAUAGUACAUGUUAACUAGCGCUAGGCUUAAAAUGUAGGAUUUAUAUUUUUUUAAUUUAUUAAUUUAUAAGCUAACAUACAGUACAUUUUAAAGGGCUCAACAUUGGUGCACUUCUGUUUUAAAUAAUCGAGAAAGAGAGAAAAAAGCAAUCAUGCAUGAUUCCUGUUCAAAAUACUGCCACUGUGACUUUUGUGUAUACUAAAGAUGUUAUUUUGUCUAGGCAGAAGGCAGUAAGAGGUGCACUUUUUGCAUUUACUCUUCCCAAACCAUGUCUUUCUCACUGUGAAGCAAUGUGUAAACAUAUACAUUUGUUAACAAUUUGUGUCAUUAACAUUUGUAUCUAAUAAUUGUUAGCCAGUCAGUGUAUUGUAGUGCUGCUAAAGGUUUUCUGGAUGUAAUUUUGUAUUUAGCCUUAGAUCGCCCUCAUGGCUGGCUGUCUGUAAAUGUAAGUCAGUCCUGUUAUAGUAGUUUUACUAUUGGCCUUCUUGAUCAAUUUUUGUAUUUAGAAUUAGAUGAGUACCUGUCACACGGGUGCCUGUACUUGUUAAAUCAGUCCUAACCCCGUCAUGUAGUUCUAGCCCCAAUAAAAGUGUAUUUUUGUGGCGUCUCUGUACUGGGACAACAGAGACUUUUGACCAAAAUGUUUCCAGUUGUUUGGUUCUAUACAAUCCUCCCUGACGUCCCUGUUACCACAAACACUGAGCUUUUUAUGUCUUGUGCAUGAAAUGAAUUAAGUUUUAAAAGGACAUUGAAAAAUC